AUUUAGGAGAAUACAGUAGAAUGCAACGCACUCCAAACUCCAAUGCGUUGCCAACAAUUCGAGUAGCAUUGACAGUUGCAAAAAUUUGUUUGAUAAAGCGUGAUAUUGUUUUUUAAAGCCGCAACGAUGCACGACGCUUACGAGGAAACAUCUAUAUUAAAUAUCACUGUGCAAAUUGAGUCUAUGGCUGCUUAUGAUGACAAUUUACUGAUAGGCACCAGAGAAGGUCAUCUUCUUAUGUACAAUGUUCCAUCAGUGUUCGACGACAGCCACAAACUAGAAUUGUUACGUCACAGUAAGAAUUUCAACAAGAAAAGAAUUACUCAGAUAGAUGUUGUGCCGGAAUAUAAUUUAUUGAUUAUCCUAACGGAUAACAUUGUGUGCAUUCAUGAUCUGAAUUCACCCAACUUCCAACAAAUAUGUCAAUUACCAAAGACUCGUGGUGCCACUCUGUUCACUCUGGAUGUUAAGUCGACUGAAAGCCUGACAGGAGAAAAGAACACUGUGGUGCGUUUAUGUGUCGCUGUCAAACGUAAAUUACAAUUGUAUUACUGGAAGGGAAAGAAGUUUGAAGAGUUUAACGAUUUUGAGUUAACUGUGCCAGAUAUACCUCGUCAAUUGUCAUGGUGCAGCGAAAUGUUAAUAUUAGGCUUUCGUGGAUUGUCUUACACGAUUUAUGACUUAAGCGGUAAACCCAAGGAGCUCUUUCCCACUGGCAAAUCUCCAGAACCAAGUAUUACAAAAUUGUCGGACAGUUCUUUUGUCCUAGGCAAAGAUUCUCAAUCGUUUAUCAUGGAUACAAAGGGAGAGUUGGUCCAGCAUAAUCCAGUAAAAUGGUCAGAUACACCUAGUAUAAUAGCAUGGGACGAUCCUUACUUACUUGGUAUCGUGCAUGAUAGAUUGGAGGUGUAUACGAUAGAAGGAUGUCUACAUAUCCAGACAAUAAAGGAUUUGAAUAAAGCUAGACUUAUAUAUCGAUGCAAACAAGGGAAAGUCUUUGUAGCCUCCAUUAGUCAGAUUUGGUGUGUCAAGGCAAUUGAUGUCACUUUACAAAUUAGGACUUUGCUGGAACAAAAUCAGUUUCAAUUGGCACUAAAAUUGACUAGUUUAUCAGACAUAACGGACGAAGAGAAAGCUAAGCAAACGUAUAAAAUACAAACGUUAUACGCGCAUCAUUUGUUCUACAAUAAGCGAUUCCAAGAAGCGAUGGAUCUAUUCUUAAAACUGGGGACCGAUCCAUACGAAGUGAUCAGAUUGUUUCCAGAUUUAGUUACGCCUUCGACCAACACGCAUGAAGUCGGCGAACCAACGCCUAGUUUACCGAAGUUACAAGAUCAUGAUUUAGAAAAAGGCUUACGUGCAUUAAUAGUUUUUCUGACUGAAGUCAGGCAUAAAUUAAUGGCGAAAGAUAAAGAACUUAGUAAGGAAAAAAAUGGGGUAAACGGAGAAAAGAAUCUAACCGCUGUAGCUACAGAGCAGCUUCUAAAGAUUAUAGAUACGACUCUUUUAAAGUGUUAUCUGCAGACCACUGACGCCUUGGUGGCGCCUUUACUUAGAUUGAAUCACUGUCACUUGGCAGAAGCUGAGAAAACUUUAUUGAUGCAUCAGAAAUAUCCAGAACUCAUUAUAUUAUAUCAAACCAAAGGGCAGCACAAGAAAGCACUGGAGCUAUUGGAAAAGCACGCGAAGGAAAACGAUUCUAGUCUAAAAGGCACUGAGAGAACUAUACAGUAUUUGCAGCAUCUCGGCAAGGAUCAUAUGGAUCUAAUACUAAAAUUUGCCGGAUGGGUUUUAAUGGAAGAUCCUGAGCAAGGCCUUAGAAUAUUUAUGGAAGAUAUACAGGAAGUCGAACAAUUACCUAGACCAAAGAUAUUGGAUUACCUUCUACGCUUCCACAAAGACUUAGUAAUACAAUACUUAGAACAUGUAGUACACGUUUGGGAAGACACCAAUCCAUUGUUCCAUAACGUUUUGAUACAUCAGUACAAGGAAAAGUGUCUAGCUUCCAUGAGUGCAAAUGCAACGCCAGCGGAGAAAGAAAUAUUGCCGCACGUCCGACAGAAGUUGCAACAAUUUCUAGAGAAGUCGGCGCAUUACACACCGGAAACGAUAUUGGUGCAUUUUCCGUUCGACAGCUUGUUCGAAGAACGUGCAGUUAUACUUGGACGGCUCGGUCGUCAUCAGCAGGCUAUAUCGAUAUACGUUAGUCUUUUAAAUGACAUACCGCGUGCGAUACAAUAUUGCCAAAAUGUAUAUACAAGGUACCAAAACCAAGAUCGCGCGGAGAAACAAAAGCAAGCGGAUAAUGCCGACGAAGUUUACGUUUUGUUGAUUCAGCAGUUGUUGAAACCCGACAAUGACGGUGUUUUAAUGGCCGGUUGUAAUCCAGAAAUUCAAAGAACGGCACAGCCAGAUUUAGAAAUGGCUCUCCGAUUGCUGGAGGAGCACGCUUCAAAAAUAAAUCCUAUGAAGGUCUUAGAAGUUUUGCCGGAUUCCGUUCCUAUUGGUAGAAUAAAACACUUCCUGGAAGUUAGCUUGCAAAAUAACUUGAACGCAAGGAGGAGAACGCAAAUUCUUAAGGGACUGCUUUACGCCGAGCACUUACAAGUACAGGAGCAACGGAUGCAUUACGAAUCACAGAGUGUCCUCAUGACGGAAUUUAAUAUAUGUCCAGUUUGCAAAAAACGUUUUGGCAACCAAAGUGCUUUUGCAAGAUACCCCAAUGGUGAUAUAGUGCAUUACUCUUGUCAAGAUCGCAAGGUGUAAAAGCGAAGAGAAGAAUUAUAUAUAGAUCAUAAGUUUCGUAAUAAAUUUACGAUUGUAUAUACGUACGCAUUUUAUAUAUACCGAUAUAUGUAAAUGAAAUUCCGAUAUACGUAUUGUUACGAAAAAUUCAAGGAAGCUGUUCUCUGCAGUUACUUAUUAAAAUUAUUAGUAAAAUUAUUUACAAGAAUCUUAGAUUUAAA